CUAGCGUGAAAUUAUCAUCAUCCGUUCGAUGAUUGUCAUCUCAAUAAAUUCGAGAAGGCGUCGAAUCUCUAAAGUGUAACAAAUGUUCUAACCUAGCUUGCGGAUGGCAGAAGAAAUAUAAAAGGAUGAUAAAUCGAUAGUUCAAAUCAAAAUUACCAGCAAUUAUUGUUUGUUUAUCUAAUUCCAAUAGUGAAAGAGAAUUUAAUCGAAAUUAUAUAUUAUUAAUGUACAAACCUCUUCUUUCCAAAGGAUUACAAAUUAGACAGAAGAGCAAUUAGAAAAAUAUUCCUAAUGUUAAUUUUUUGUUGUAAACGUCGGACUGUGUUUUACCAACGAACGUCUAAAUGGAUAUGGAAACAGUGAAGGAAUACCUAGCGUUCAUCAAUCCUCAUUGGAUAGCGGUGGUCGCUACAGGGAUGUAUACUCAUCUACGUCAAAUUUGCAUAAUUGGUUUGUGUUUUGAUGAAGACACCACUCUUCCUUUCGAUCCAUCUUAUGCCUCCGUGAUUUUUGUAUUUUCUGUCCUCUGUCUUCUUGCUGAAUAUAGACUUUGGCCUAGAACUCUUAAAGAGCCACCGAUUCAACUUCUUUAUAUUUAUGAAAUGUUGGUAGCAGCUUUGAUCACGAACUUAACUACACGUGCUAUUUGGGUGCCACUUAUGCAUGCCAUCAAUUGUUUAACUCAGGAAUCAAGCAGAUGGUUAUUAUGGCUGAAUGCAACACUGGGCCUAAGUCAUUACUCUUUGCUGACUGAUUUUGCUUACUACAUGGCAAAAGAUUGCGCCGCGAUGCACAUGGCUUUCUGUAUGUCUAUACUGUCAUUCGUCUGGAUGCUGGAUGCCACCGAAUCAUUAGACGCAAUUUUGGACACUAGGGCCAAAGAACAAAACGGCGGAUUUUGGUCAAUUUGCACAUGCAAAAGGAGAAAGAUUAGUUUUGCAAAUCCUGAAGUUACAGAUUGGUUCGUAUAUAAAUUUAUGUGCAGCGCAGAUCCUGUGAAUGAAAAUAAGCAAUCAGAUUCAUAAUCCAACGUAAUUCAUUUUAUAAUAAGUAUUUAUAUUACAUAAGUUGUGCUUUAUAAUUUGGAUGUCUAUUCGCGUAUUAUACAUGUUUACUUGUAAUAAAGUCCUUUUAUGACAUAUU